CCUGUUGGAAAACUGCCGUAAAGUUGGGUUGUGUCGAACAGGAAGACAUAUCUCGACGGGUUUUGAGGUUCAGUGCUUGAUAAUGGCUAAAACAAAAACCACAAGGUAUAUGCACAUCACAUGCAAACCUUACUGUAUGGCGAAGAAAAUAAAAAUAUGUUUUAAUUUUGUAAAACACAAAAAACUACAAUUCCCACAAGACUAUUGGCCAUUGGAUAAUCUCGCUCUUGCGCAUGUCAGAGACGUUAUCUGCGGUGGUUAUGGAGAUGAAAUGGACCAACAAGCUGUCAGGUUUACCGUGAUGUUGGUGUGUUUAUCAGAGGGAUGCCAAAAAAGAUAGGAUUUGUUGUAGUCAAAUCUUCAAGCCAUGAGGACAACUUCUCAGCCCAGGAGCUUAUGGUCCAUGCUCCGACAGCCAAUGGCUGGAGAUCCAGCAGGCUGUGCUCAUACCCUCAACACAUCACCAUCCAGCUGCUUGACAGAUGUCGCGUGAGGAAGCUGCAGCUUCUGGCUCAUCAGUACCUGAUCCCGACAAAGGUGGAGUUCCACAUUGGAGACAUUCUCCCUGAAACCAGCACUCCAGUACUCCCAGGGCAGCUUCGCAGGCUCGGGUAUGUGUCUCUGUCAGACAAUGAGAAGACAGGGUACAAAGCACGGGAGCUGAAGUCGGUCCAUGUUGAUGCCAUUGGAAUGUACCUGAAAAUAACAUUUCACAAGAACCAUCUCAAUGGAUACAAUCAACACCAUCAGGUUGCCUUGGUUGCUAUAAAUGUACUGGCAGAUUUUUUGGAUGGCAACGCUUUUCAUACAAUUCCAAGCCGAGAGCAGCUGAUCGAACAUUACCUCAAAAGCACUCAGCUGGACGUCGCCUUGGACACAACCUCCAUGGGAAAAAGUGACUCCAUCUCCCCAUUCGAUGACCUGGCCUUUGAGAUGUACCAGGACCCUGAAGUUGCUCACAUCAUCCGCCUCAUGGACCAAAAGAAGCAGGACAUGGUCCGACAGGAGAAAUAUGAGCAGGCCAAGAAUCUGAAGCAGGCCAUCGCCGACCUGCAGAAGGUUGGAGAGCGUUUGGCCCAAUAUGACAUAGAGAAGCGAUGUGCCAUAGAAAAAGAGGACUACGAUCUGGCCAAGAAGAAGAAAGAGCUGAUGGAGAACUAUAGGAGGAGUGUCUACAAGCAGCUGGAGGUCCACAACCUGCUGGACAUAUCACUGGUCACCAGAGCCAGAGAGUUGUCCCCCCCACCAGGUCCUCCCUCAACUCUGCCUUCACCAGGUUACUGUUCAGUCCCUGCCCAACUCCUUGUGUCUACAGACACAGUCAGAACAGGGAAGAAAAAAAACACUCCCCAGGAUCAACAAUCAGCUACAGAAGCAGUUUUGCCUAAAUUAAGCAGUCAGCCUGAAAACCUUUGCAUCCCUGCUGUUCAAGCUGAUACAAUGACAGACUCAACAAGUAGGACUUAUGAUGAGAGGCCACUCCCAGCUCUUCAUAGAAAAGACAGAAAGACGGCAGAACUUCUUCAAAGCCCCGUAUUCCAGAAAAUCCCACAACUGUGCACCUUUGGGUCUCCACCUCUCGCUGAGGUGAGCGUCGAGCCUGAGCAACUGACCAAAAAAGCCCAAAUAGAAGCUGGACUUCCUAUAGAUGUUUACGGAGAAAGCCUGGUGGCGGGGGCUUAUUCCAAAACCUGGUCUUACAGAGAGGAUGCACUGCUGGAUUUGCACAAGAGGCUGCAGGAGGUGUCACCCACCACCACCCCCAAAGAGGAGCUGAGGAACAUGAUGAGAGCUGCAGUCUUCCUGGUGAAGAAAGGCCUCCAGGAUAAAAUAUCCUCGGUAUUCCAGGCUGCCUUAAAGUUGCUGCGACUAAUGCUGACUGACCUGAUCCCAGGUCUGGGCCUGGCCCGGUCAGAGUUAAUCUACUGUUUGGAACAAACCUGGCCCAACCUGCUGACUAGGACUGGAGAUUCGGCCAGUCGGCUCCGAGACAUGGCUGUUAUCUUCAUACAGGAAAUUGCUGUCCUGAAGGAUAUUCGGGCGCUGCAGAUAAUACCCUGUGAGCUGGUGAAGCCCUUCAAAUCAAGCUUUCCCUCUCGUCUGGCACGGAGUCAGGUUGAGCUGCUUGAGGGCCUGCUCGUUGAACUGGGUACAGACAACUCUGGCUUCACUCUGGACAAUGUCAUGAUGUUCUGUUCAGCAGCUCUCCAGCACAGUGCAGCGCCAGUGCGGGUACCAGCAGUGCGCAUAAUCAUGUCCAUGUACCAGCAAGACGGUGAUGCACUUCUUAACUAUCUCCCUCCCAGUGACAGUGCUUUGAGGAAAACCUUUCUCUACAAAACCCUCUUUGAUGGCUUUGCCAAAAUGGAUGGGAAGCUGAUGGAGACUCAGACUCUGAAGAAGGGAAGUGGUGUGCAGCAGGAGAUCCCCUCUCCUCAGGAACAGCUGGCUGCACCUACACUGUUCACAGAGAGUGUCAAACAGGGCACCAAAGCACCAGUGACCAAGAAGGGAGCACCCAAUGUUGAAAAAGAGACACACAAAAGUAUCAAAACAACCCCACAGAAGAUCACAGACACAGAGGAUGUCUCAGAGUCAAUCAGUUCCCAGGACAACUUGUGUAUAUUUUGUGGUAAAAAGGACAAGUUGUUCACAGAAGAUGGUCUUGAUCUUCAUUACUGGAAACACUGUCCAAUGCUGCAACACUGCAAUGAGUGUAGACAGAUCGUGGAGAUAGUCAGCCUCACAGAACAUCUCCUGGGGGACUGUGAAAGCAGUUCCAAAUUCAGCCAGUGCCAGCGCUGUUCUGAGGCCGUGGUCACCAAAGAUCUGAGUCAACAUCUGCAGAGCCCUUCCUGCAACCCUCCAGUGUCCAGCAAAUGUUCCAACCACUGUCCUUUGUGUCAUGACAACUUCCACCCCGGAGAGGAGGCCUGGAAGGCUCACCUCAUGGACAGAGACGGCUGUAAACAAAACUCACGCAGGACUGCGGUGUCCCAGAGAACCAUGCCAGGACAAGGCCGGGCCGAUGGAGGAGCUAAUCGAAAUCAGAGGUUGACAGUCGGAGCCAGAGGUGGAGCUACAGGAAGAAGCAGUCGGAUCCCAGGCCUGAACAGAGGGCCUACACCUGGGAAGAAAUAAGGAGGUUUUUCAAAACCCCUGGGUCUAACAUCAUGAUGCCGGGUCAAACUGACAGGUCAAAUUCCAGAAAGAGAAAGAGCAUGCCUGAGGUCAGGAUCUCCACAAAGGAAUCUGCUACAAAGAGGAGAUGUGUGAAAGGUUCUCAGAAAAACUC